UAACCGCCGAUGCGCCGAAGAAGAAGAAGAAUGCGGAAGUAACCGAGCCCACAACUUAUACAAACAAACACUAAACUCUGAACAUUUAUCUUCUCGAAAGUGUGUUCGAUUCCUGAAACUGCACCGUUUCUGUCAUAUGCACAGCUGAAGGUAGAUGUGUCCACAGCCUUUGAUCAGUGUGUGUGUGUGUGUGUGUGUGUGCAGGUGUGUGUGAGUGCAGGUGUGUGUGUGUGUGUGUGUGUGUGUGUGUGUGAGGAUAUGUGCAGGUGUGAUGGAGGCCAGUGUGUGUUUGGCUCCAGAGGAGGAUUCUCUGAUUGAAGGAGUCAGUGACCCUGUGCUUCUGGUGCUGGUGCUCAGUGUCAGCUUUCUGCUCGGUCUGGCCACGCUGCUCUGCAGGAACGAGCAGCAGAGGAUUCAUCCGGACAAUCAGGAGCAGGUGCGUGUGGUCCGGGAGCAGCUCCACCCAGAGCAGCUGGCGGCGGCGGAGCCCAGGCAUCAGUUCUACUCGGACAUGUCGUGUCCCGUGUGUCUGCAGCAGGCCGUUCUGCCCGUGGAGACUAACUGCGGUCAUCUGUUCUGCGGGCCCUGUUUAAUGGCGUACUGGCGUUACGGGACGUGGCUCGGAGCCAUCAGCUGCCCCAUCUGCAGACAGACGGUGACCCUGCUGUUCCCGCUCUUCCGUGACACGGGGGGGGCUCAGACGCCGGACGGACAGGUGGACCCCGCGCUGAUCCUCAGAGACAUCCACGACUACAACCUGCGCUUCUCCGGACAGCCUCGCUCCCUGCUGGACCGUCUGCUGGACGUCCCCACGCUGCUGCGGCACGCCUUCAGAGAGAUGUUCUCCGUCGGGGGUCUGUUCUGGAUGUUCCGGAUCCGGAUCCUGCUGUGUGUGCUGGGAGCGCUGACGUACCUGGCGUCGCCGCUGGACUUCAUCCCCGAGGGAGUGGUGGGGCUGCUGGGCUUCAUGGACGACUUCUUCGUCAUCCUGCUGCUCUUCAUCUACAUCUCCAUCAUGUACCGCGAGGUGGUGACGCAGCGGCUGGCCGCCUGAGCGUCUGAUCUCUGCUUCAGAAGAACCUCACGCUGUUCUGUGCUCGGAACCAAAGCUUGAGAAGAUCAUCCAGAAACACCUGCUGAGAGACUCCUCUGUGUUUCAUGUGAUAGAGCUGGAAUAUCACACACAGACUCCUGCUGCAGCUGAAUGUGUGUACUACACACACACACACACACACACACACACACACACACACACACAC